GCAGCCUGUGAGCAGGAGGAGCAGCCUGGAGCAACAUCCCUGCCUGGACUCAUCACACGAGGAAGAGGAAAGGACAUUUCCAUCCCCGCUGAGAAAAUGGGAAGCACCAUCUCCCCGACAACCCGGGAAGGGCAACUCCAAUCCUUGCCUGGGGGCCACAUUUGGGAUCUGUGCAGCUGGAGGGACACAGCCCUGUGCCACUGAGGGCUCGGGGACAGCAUGUCCCUGCAGAGCCGCCGGACCCAGCUGCUGCUGGUCAACUCUCUGACCUUUGGCUUGGAGGUGUGCCUGGCCGCCGGCAUCACCUACGUGCCACCACUGCUGCUGGAAGUGGGCGUGGAGGAGAAAUUCAUGACCAUGGUUUUGGGGAUAGGCCCCGUCCUCGGGCUGCUUUUCGUCCCCCUCAUCGGCUCGGCCAGCGACCACUGGCGCAGCAGCUACGGCCGCAGGAGACCCUUCAUCUGGGCGCUGUGCCUGGGCGUGCUGCUCAGCCUUUUCCUCAUCCCCCACGCCAGCAGCUUGGCCGGCUUUUGCUCCCUCAACCCGCGGCCCCUGGAGAUCUCCUUCCUCAUCCUGGGCAUCAGCCUGCUGGAUUUCUGCGGCCAGGUUUGCUUCACGCCGCUGGAAGCGUUGCUGUCUGAUUUGUUCCAGGAGCCAGACAGCUGCCGCCAGGCUUUUUCCGUCUAUGCUUUCAUGAUCAGCCUGGGGGGCUGCAUCGGUUACCUGCUGCCCGCCAUCGACUGGACCUUCCUGGCGCCUUACCUGGGCGGCCAGCAGAGCUGUCUCUUCACCCUGCUGGCCCUCAUCUUCCUCUCCUGCGUGCUGGCCACGCUCUUUGUGACUGAGGAACCCGCUCGGGGGGAUUUGGAGCUGAGGGAAGCGGCGGUGAAGCCGUGGCGGGGUUGCUGCGUUCCGCGGGGACGCCGCGUCCUGCAGGCUCUGCGCGGUGUGUGCGCGCUGCUGCCGCGGCUGCACGGCCUCUGCUGCCGCAUCCCCAGGGUGGUGCGCCGCCUCUUCGUGGCCGAGCUGUGCAGCUGGAUGGCCCUCAUGACCUUCAUGCUGUUCUACACGGAUUUUGUCGGAGAAGGGCUGUACCACGGAGUGCCCAGGGCCAAGCCGGGCACCGAGGCCAGGCGGCAUUAUGAUGAAGGUGAGCGA